UUGCGUAUUCCAUGCGAAGAGUGUAAAUCUGUUUGCUUACUGCGCCGCCACGACGCAGUCCACAUAUAACGCUAUAUCGUCCAGCCCAAUGGGACGGCCUCCUUUGCCGAAGAGGUUCCACAGAGUUGGGAAAACUAAUUGAAAAAUGUGCGGUCGUACAUCGUACGUCGUGCAACCCUUUAGCCAUUGCGACUCAAUGUGCCUGACGUACCAAGCAGGCGGUGUUGGCAUAUCCGACCCUUCGGGCACUGUGUAUCGCGCGACGGGGCAGGUUAAUUCUGGCUCAGUCAAAGCUCCGCGACCCCUUCGCGCGGUAUACUACCUGCAUAGGUAUAUACUACCUGUAUAUAUACCUGUAUAUACUACAUUAUCUCCUGCUCCUUCAGCCAGAUAUGGCUGCCGGAGAAAAGCCCGAGUUCUGCAGACGUGCAUAUGUAACUCUUCCUUCUUGCACAUAAUAUACACCUACCGUGGUAUAUAUUUAUAUAUAAUAUACGCCCGGGUUUUAUAUGCGUCAGCCUUGCCGCCGCCGCUGACUAUAGGAUCGACCGCCGGCACGGCGGAAGCUGGUCAGGAUUGUUACAGCUCAGAUUGCCGAGCCCACCUUGUUUCGCCUUACUACAUGUAGGUCUGUAUAGGUAGACCGGACAUUUAGACGCACAUACAUGCGUACCUAGGUAUACGUACGUAGCGGGGAAAUGUACACGCGACUGGUCAGUCAGAUCAUCCAGGCCGAUCCUGGUCCGGGUCAUGGCCACGAUUUGUCGGGAUGCGACUUUUCGUGCGUGGACGACUCCGUAGCUCAAGUAGGACUAGAGAGAGCAGAGCAGAGUAUGUACAUAGAGCAGAGGCCAGGACUCUGGCGGUUGUGCCAAGGCGCGAAAGCUCCCCUUGCAGACGGAUCAGUUCCCGUGUAAGUCUAGACUAGGGCCAGCAGGGCAGUCUAGCACGGGGGGCU